AUGGAAAUUGGUGAUUCUUUGCAGGAUUACCUUAAUGAGGAAGGUGAGCAAGAUGUGAUUUUAACAUUGGUUCCAGUUGAUUCUGACACUAAAGAAGAACAUCCGGAGGAAUCCAAUGUUUCUUCAACUGCAGAUAUCGAACCUGCAGAUUUGAAUUUUACGAACACCGUGCAAAACAACCAAGUUCAUCUUUCACAAACAAAUGAACAAACCGAUGCAUGCUCAAAACUUCAGUACAAAACACAGGUUCUUCCGCUGCCAGCCACUUUGCCCCCAAUUACUGAUGUGUCUCGAAACACUUUGAGGAAAUGGUGCCAGGCACUUCAUUUGAGUACAGAUGGCCAGAAGAUAGAAGUGUAUUUGAGGCUCCAGAGACAUGCGUAUCCCAAUCAAAAACACGAUGUUCCUGGGACACCACGAGAAGCCAAAUUGAAGGCAUGUUCGAAGAAACAUAGAGCAAAGACCGUUGGAACGAAGCUUGAGGAAAGCUUUGCUUUGAACCAGGGGGAGGAGGAGAGUAACGUAGUUGAAGUGCUGACCUCAGCUCGGGAGGCCAUGUUGGCAUCUUGGGCCAGAAUUGCUGCUAGAGCCAGUCAGCCCAACGCUCUGAAUUUCUGUGACAUUCCUACUUCAGCUGUAGCCUUUUUACAGGAAGCCUCUGGUUUCAGGUGGUGUGUGGUGCAUGGCCGACUUCUCCCUGCGGAUGUACCUGGCUGGGUUCGCCUGCAGUUCUGUGCAGGUCAGGUCUGGGUGCCUGACACUCGCAAGAGAAUGAUAAGCCUCUUACUGUUACCAGCCUGCAAUUUCCCAACUCCAGGAAUAGAAGACAACAUGAUAUGCCCUGACUGUACUAAGAGGAAUAAGAAAUUGAUGAGAAGAUUGAUGACAGUGGGGAAGAAGAUUAAAUGCACUGUAAGAAAACAGAAUAUGCUUAUGCCACCCCAAAAUAUGCCACCUUAAGUAGUGUUUCAGUGUGAUUUUUACCUUAGGGUACUUGAGAAGAAGGAGAUUCAAGGAAAGUUCCC